AUGCCUCAAAAUCCUAAGAAGAAACUGCGACGCCUAGGCGAGGCCCGACCGGGCAAGCCUAAUCUUGAAUCGGCUGCGGAUGAGAAAAUCGACGCUGUUACCUCAGAGCCACUCAUCCCAGGCCGUUUUGUGGAGGUAGUAAGCCCGGACGGGACUUUGCGUCUAUUUUACAACGCAAGCACGCUCAUCCGGAUUGCGACAGACAAGGGUGGCUUCAUGCAACCGCCACACUUCCGCGAGCCGAUGGAGGAAAGUUUAAGGGAGAAAAUUGAAUUGAUGGAAGGCAAAAGGUUCUGCUUUGAAGCCCGAGAUGCAUUGGUCCCCUCCGGCGAAUUUGACGAAGAGUCAAGCAGCGCUAUAAUCCACCGGCAUGCAUACUUCCAGCAAAUUGUCGAUGAGUUUUACUCGCUGAGCUCAGCGGAGGUGUACGUGUGCCCAGUCUGCCUCGAGCACUGCGUGAAGACGCGCUAUAUUCCCCUCAUGAGUUCUGAGGGGCGGGGCAUCGAGUACAUGGACGAUGGCGCAACGCCCGUGAUCGACCCUCUGGAUGUGCUCACACGCAUGCACGCGGGUGGAGCGGAGGGCGUCGAAAGGAGCCGUGACGCCGCGCUAAUCUGGGUAGCGUUUCGUACGGCUGCUCUGUGGAAACUGCACAUGGGUCGACACCACGGCAUUAGAAGGGUCGCCGCACGAGACUACCGGCUUCGGGACCUCUUGUGCAGCUUCUUCAGUCAUUUCAACCGGCUGCAGGAGGAAAAGUACGAGGCGCGGCGCAAGGCGUGUGGCGAGGCCAAGAAGAGGACUGCAUUGACGCAGCAGCGGUAUUGGCAACUGAAUAGUCGCUAUAACUGCCUACGCUACAACCGCAUCGUCGACGGGGUCGAGCUUGCGGCGGCGACGCACGCUGAGGCGAUCGUCGAGCAGACGGUGUUCCCAGCGGGUGAGGCGGUUGGCGAAGGGCUGAACCUCGUCGAGGUGCAGGCGGAAGACAGCGAUUUUAUCGUGGACGACGGAGAAAGCGAGGACGACGGCUUCGCACCCCACUACAUACCGGGUCCGAUGCUUGGCGCUGAGCAACCCGGUCGGCGCUCGGCCGAGGCAUGUUGUGGGCGUGGCAGACGACUGCGAUCCGAUUCAUCCUCCCGUAGUAUGAGCCGAGAGUCUGCAUCGACGUCCUGCAGUGCGAUGGAAUCGAGCACCGGCGAUGAAGUUGAGCCUGAGAGGACGGAGACCGACGACGGCUGCGUAGAGGAGUGCACGCGAAUACAACGCGGACAAGGGGCACGCCGCGCGCAAGGCCUGUGGACCACGUUGAACCCCCACUAUGAGCGACUCUCCGGGGAGGGCAGGCGCUUCCUGGAGGCGGCAGUGCGCAGGCCGGUAGCUCCAUCCCGCCUGUACGACCCGAUCCUGCACCGCGUGUCUGCGUCAAGAGGGGGCAAGACCGUGCAGCCGGCCAGCGGUGAGCUUGGUACCGAAGACGGCGAGGAGAUCGACUGGGAGAGCAUUGGGGGGACGUUAACGGCGAGCCACCGGCCCUCACAAGCGCAGCAGCAGCAGCCCCUAGCGGUGGCGGCAGAGAUGCGGGCGAAGGGCCUUGGGGAUGGGCUGCUUGUGUUGGAUGCCGAGGACGACGUUGGGGCCGCCCCCGGCGGCGCGGGCGCGAGUGGUAGUGCGGUGUCGGGCGGCUCAUGA